AUGUAUGAUUACAAGACAUCCAUCUGCACCACAUAUAAAAUCGUGAAGGAGUAUAACUCUGGACCUGGUGAGAAUGUGCUGCUGGCUGACCGCUACACUGAGCUGCUGAUCGUUGAGAGAAACAGAGAGCAGAGAGAAAGAGAGGAAGAGAUCCGCUUUAGAGGAAAACAUCACCAGCAGGUCUUAAAAACGAGGGCCAGUGAAGCAUACAGCAGAAUCUCUGUUGACCAGUUGUUCAAACCCGAUGACGGUGGAGAUGUUCCAAAGGCAGUCAUUCUUCAGGGCAACUCUGGACAUGGCAAAUCCAUCACUGCUCAGAAGAUCAUGUAUGACUGGGCCUCAGGAAAAGUAUUCAAAGACCUGUUCCACCUUGUUCUUCACCUUAAAUGCAAAGAGCUUAAUGAAAUCUCAGAGGCAUGCAGUCUGGUGGAUCUCCUGAGCUACUGUCCAAGCUUCACCAGUGAGACAGCAGAGGUGCUGAAGGACUCAAAAAUGAAAGUGCUCUUCCUCAUUGAUGGCUUUGAUGAGCUCAAGUUCUCAUUUGAGAAAACUAGCACAGUGCCACCUAAAGACCCUUUCACAAGAGCUCCUGUUGAGGUCACUCUGGGUGCUCUGCUGAAGGGGCUUCUCUACCCUAAGUGCUGCCUGCUGGUCACCACCAGGUCCACUGCUUCAGACAAACUGAGCAAGCUGCUCAGUGAUUCUCAGCGUUUCGCUGAUAUCCUAGGCUUCACUGAGGAGGGGGUGAAGGAGUACUUCCAGAGGUUUUUCAAAGAAGAGCUGCUAGCAAAGAAAAUAUUUGACUGUGUGAAGACCAAUGAGACUUUGUACACUGCCUGCUUCAUCCCUGUCAUCUGCUGGAUCACCUGCACAGUUUUCAUGGAGCAAGAAGAAGAAGGCAUGGACAUCACUAAGGAACUAGAAACAACCACCUCUAUAUUUGAGCACUUUGUGUCCACUCUGCUGAAGCAUCACUGCCAGGGUUUGAGUCAGCCUGAAACACUGCUGAGGAGCCUGGGCCAGCUGGCAGAGAGAGGGUUACAGGAACAUCAGGUUCUGUUUGAUGAGAAGAGUUUGUCUGAGGCUUUCCCUGAUCCAUCACAAGCAACCAAAUACAAUCCUUUCCUCUGCAAAUUCUUUUUAAGGAGGAAAGUCAAACAGGAAAGAAUGUACAGUUUCAUGCAUCUGAGCUUCCAGGAGUUCUUCGCUGCUCUCCAGUACCUGAUGUUGGAGAAUGAGGAAGAGGCACUUGACAAACUGCGGGAGUUGUUUGGAAACGUUGAACGUUUUAAACCUGUCGUUCAAUUCCUUUUUGGGCUUUCAAACAGAGACAUUUACCCAGACCUGAAUAAGCAGUCCAGGCCAUCCAUUAAAGCUUAUCUGAAGAAGUGGCUUCUAAGCGUUUUGGAAAAUCACAGAAUGCAUCAAGAGGGUAUGCUGCAUAUACUUCAUUGUCUCUAUGAGCGCCAUGAGGAGGAGUUUGUAAGGGAAGCCAUGGGAGUCUGGGGUGAGGUGAAGUUUGACCGCAUUCCCCUGACGAGGACAGACUGCUGGGUGCUGCUGUACUGCCUGCAGUGUUGCCCAAUCAUCAGAGGCCUGUGGCUCAAGAAGUGCAACAUAACAGCAGAGAAGCUGAGGAUGCUGCAGCCUGCACUGAGCAGGUGUGAGGAGCUGGGGUUAACUGUGGAGAACCUGUCAGAUGAUGAUGUUUUUGACCUGAUCUCAGCUCUGGGGGAGGGAAAGAUCCUGACUAAACUGAGUGUGGUAGGGAGCAACCUCUCACCUGAGAGUGUGAAGGAAGUCCUCAGUGCUCUCUCCAGGCAAAAGUCUGUGGGUGGUGUCCAUCUGUCUGUGACGACCAUCACUGUCCCCACCGCAGCCCUGUGCUUGGACUUCAUUCAGAACACAGAGACCUGUCGUGAGCUGAUGCUUAAGGAUAAUUCAAGGCCACUAUCCGUUCUCUCUGUGGACAAAGACUCCGCAGGCCUCAGGCUGGAUGUGAAUUCACUUUUGUCUUCCACAAGAUCACCUGCUUCACUUACCCUAUUACAAGUCAACAACCAAAACAGCGGCAGCUUUACCGACUUCAUCCACAAGUUUCGUGGUGUCACAGGUUUAAGAGCAAAUUCCCAUAAGACUCCAGGUGACCGUAUGGGUGUUCUUGAGUCCUUCACUGACUGGUGGACUCUGCCUGGUCUGGAGAAGGUGGAGUUGGAGGUGAGCUGCCUGACUGAGAGCUGGGCCUACUGGAUCCUCAACCUCAUCCACACGUGCCCCACUCUGAAGGAAGUAGAGUUGAGAUGCACUAAACCCAGUGGGAAGUGUGGUGAGGAAAAUAACCCCCUACUGCCCUGCAACCAGCGUGUGAAGAUCCAAAUGAGGGGGCCAAAUGUUACUGAGGAGAUUCAGGACUAUUGA